ACGCGUACGCCCGACCAGGAAAUGACGUCAUCUAAUGUUGUAGAGAUCGGCACUGCACUGGUGGAUCACGAAACUGUGCAAAGAAGAUCGAAGAGCGAGUGACAAGCUAAUAUUUAAAAAAAUACAUUAUGGCAAGCCAAAUACACAUUUUAAAUACCCAUUCCAAGGAUGUCAACUGCUGCACAUUUUCUGGCAACCUUCUAGCAACAUGCUCUGGAGAUAAAACUGUUCGCCUCUGGGACGCAACUUCAUUUGAAGAACUCCCCUUUUCCCCGCUCCUAGGCCAUUCAUACUACGUCCACUGGUGUGCUCUCAGUGCGUUCGGAACGAGAUUAGCGACGUGUUCAACGGAUGGGAAGAUCAUAGUGUGGGAUACGAGCAAUGGAGAGACUGUAGCCGUGUUUGAACACACCCACAAGCCCAUUAUACGGGUGUGUGUCUUCUCACCAGACUCUCAGUAUUUGUUGAGUGGAGGAGCGGACAAUGAACUCUGGAUGUGGGACCUCAACAAGAAAACAUGUAUCAGAAAGCUUGAAGGUCACAUCGGUGUCGUCACAGCCUGUGCCUUCACACCCGAUGGCACUCAUGUGGUGUCGGGGUCAACCACCGGUGACCUGAGGGUAUGGGACGCCCUCAAUGGUCAAAGCAGAUGUCUCUUCUACGAUCCAGACUGUCAUGAUCUAGCCCUCACUGGACUCUGUAUCUCACCGACGUUUGGCUCUGCAAAUGCUGCAGUCCGGGAAUCCCUUGGCCAAAGGACAUUCUUCAUGUUAGCGACAUGUGGCGACAACAUAGUUAGACUCUGGGACUUAGACACUGUACCAGGGUGUUCUACUAGACUCCGGUGUGAUCUGAAAGGACAUUCAGCUACUGUUCAAGCUCUAGCUUUCUCUGCUGACGGUCGUCUCCUGGCAUCAGGUGCAGUUGACAAGCUUGCUAUUCUUUGGAAUCCAAUUCUUGGAGAAAUGCUUUAUACUCUGGAAGGUCAUACAAGGUACGUGACGACUGUAGCAUUCUCUCAUGACAACAUGUUCCUGACAACAGGCUCCCACAACAAGGUCCAUGUAUGGAAAUUAGGUUUCAACCAACCUCUGCAACCUGCAGAUUCAUCAGGCACUGUUCCAGCCAUCAGCCCAGCCAACCAGCAAAGCUCUACCACAGAAACCGGACCUUCCCUAGCACAUAACGUCAUCUCUGAUUGGACGGUAGAUGCCGUGUGUGAGUGGUUACAAAGCAUUAAUCUGGAGCAGCACUGUGAGACCUUCAGGGAGAAUCACAUCGAUGGUCAGGAGCUACAGAACCUCACUACCGAGGUCCUGUCAAAAGACCUCAAUGUCAAGGCCCUUGGUCAUCGUCAGAAGAUCUUGAGAGGUAUCCAGGCUGUCCGUGAGAAGGGCUUUUUCUCUGGCUCUCAGGGACCUGUACCAGAUGAUCAGAUACCUGAUGAAUACCUGUGUCCUAUCAGUAGAGAGAUCAUGAAGGAACCAGUCAUAGCAGCAGAUGGAUACACGUACGAGCGGUCAGCCAUAGAGAACUGGUUGAGAGCAGGCCGCAACACAAGCCCAAUGACGAAUGCUCCUCUUUCUUCCAUCAACCUGACUCCCAACCGUAGUCUAAAGAUGAUCAUAGCCAGGAUCUACGAUGUAUGAUGUGAUUAGGACGAUGAUUCCACCGAACUAUCCAGCAGUCGAAAGUCUUCAGAUAACUAGCUAGGAAUGUUGAUGAUUGAUAUGAAAAUGAUCGCCACUGAACUGAUUACAACAGAAGUCUUAUAGUGUAGGAUCAUUGCUACAAGGAUCUUCAUUGUGUGAUAUUGUGACAGCAAUUAUCACAUCGAUUAUCAGCUAAUGUCUUUAGAUCGUCAUCACAGGUAUCUACAAUGUAUGAUGUGACGAAGGUAGUGAUUCUACUGAACUAUUAACCUGCAAACGUAAUUCUGCAGAUGAUCCUAGCUGGGAUCUAUGAUGUAUGGUGUGAUGAGGGUAGUGAUUCAACUGAACUAUAAACCUGCAAACGUGAUUCUGCAGAUGAUCCUAGCUAGGAUCUACGAUGUAUGGUGUGAUGAGGGUAGUGAUUCAACUGAACUAUAAACCUGCAAACGUGAUUCUGCAGAUGAUCCUAGCUAGGAUCUACGAUGUAUGGUGUGAUGAGGGUAGUGAUUCUACUGAACUAUAAACCUGCAAACGUAAUUCUGCAGAUGAUCAUAGCUAGGAUGUAAGGUAUGACGAGGAUAAUGAUCACCACUACCUUGACUCCUCAUUAAAGUCUUCAUAUCAUAAUUGAUAAGACGUAGGAACUAUGAUGUCUGAUAUGAAAAGGGACAAGGAUCACUACUAAAUUGACCAUCAACCAAACUCUUUAAAGGGGGUGUAGCAUGACAAGACCACGUAUCUUUCCUGUGGCCUGAUUCGGGGCCACUCGGGUAUAAGACAACUACGGACGACGCGACCCCAGUAUUAACGUGCGUGCAACAUACGCGAAACUGAAGCGUGUGGAGAACUUCAGUCUAUUUGAACACUUAAGCGCGCUGACCGUAAAAAUCAAGUCCAUUCGUUUCAAUCAGUUGUCCAAAAGAAGUAGAAAAUGGCGUUAACCAGUAUUUGCCAUGCUACACCUCCUUUAAGAUCAUCAUUGUCGAUCUAUGAUGUAUGAUGUGAUGAGUCUUGUGAUGAUGUCCGAGCUGUCCUUGCUAAGGACUGCAAUGUAUGAUGUAACAGUGACCAAAGCUGAACUGACCAUUGUCGAAAGCUCCAAGAUCAUUGCUUCAUGGGUGUAUGAUGAUCGACCAUGAUGACCAAUCCACUGACUCCAAACAGUAGCCUAAAGGUAUUCAUUGUAUAAACAAAUGAUAAAUGAUAUUUGUGAUGGUGAUUUAUAUAUUUUUCACCUGACUGCUAAGAACAAUGAUACAUUGGUAAUCUUUGUAGUAACAUUUGACUCCACUUUUAUGUCUUCUUUAUUAAAGCAGGACAUCUUUCCUAGACAUGAAAAGAGUUACAUGUAUAUGUAAUGAAAGAAAUAUACCUGUAGAUAUUUUUUAUAUUGUGAAAAGUGAAUGUUUAAGGUUAAAUUCUGUAUUGUAAUUGAUUGAUGGUGCAAAAGUAUGGAUACUUGUAGAUGAAGAUAAGUGUGAUAAAUGUCUCAAGUAAACACAAAAUAUCCAGGAUCUUUUUAAUGUAAGCUGCAAAUACAUUGAAAACCUGUGCUCAUUUAUUAAAUAUGUUAAAUACAAAAUAAAACUGUAAUUGUAAUUAGCUAAGAAAGAGUGAGGACCUCAUAGAUAUGUGUUUUUAUAUUUUAUGUGCAUUGUGUACGUAUAUAUGUGGUGUGCUUUCCUUCAUUUUGCUUUCAUUAUGUAUAUUUAUACACUUUAUAUGAUAAGUAUAGUUGAUAACGAAACGUUCAGUUUACUGAUUAUAUUGUAUAUUUAAAUUGUUAUUUGCGUAUUCUUUUGGCAGCCAAUUAUGACGUAUAACAAGCUUUCUUAGAGACAUUUAUUUUAUGAUAUUAUCAGUAGUUGCUGUUACAGGGGGAAUUACACCCUGAUAUUUGCUUGUUUUAAUAAAAGCAGAAAUUAACAAAAACAAAUUAGUGAAAGUUUGAGCUUGAUCAAAAAUAAAAAAAAAAUCAGAAGAAAAAAAAGAAGUUAUGGAUUUUGAAGUUGUAAUCAAUGGAACCCAGAUUGGCAACUCAGUGACACAUCUGAAGAGAUCCUCUCCUAUUUGCUGUGAACUGAAGAUUUCAUAUUUUUUCUUAAAUAUUAAUGUUAUAAAGUUUAUUAAUUAAUACAGGGUUGGUGUAUGAAAAAAUAUUUACAAUGAUUAAAUCUAGGGUACAUUUGUGAUUGAAAAAUCUCUUUGGAUAAAAUCAAAACUAUGAUUUUUAGGACAGAGCAUAUGGGGGGGGGGGGGGUCUCGGCACAAAUAUGCCACAGAGUUUCCAAUUUGUGUCUGUUUCAUUGCAACAUUCAAAUUCAUGAUUUUCUUAUAUUUAAUUUGAUUUUGCUCAAAUUUUUGCUAAAUCUGUUUCUCUAAUUUUUCUGCUUCUAAAACCAACUUAAUACCAGGAAGGACUUUCCCUUUAAAUCCCACCAAUCAAAAGAUUAUGGAAUGUGAUUGUAUGAGUGAGCCAUUUAGUUUUGUAAAUUGAAUUUGAAUACAACACUUUUUAAAAGUUUGUGAUAUAUAUGUGUGUGUGUCCAACAAAACUAUAUAGUUCUUGUUAUGAUGUAAAAUAGUGACAUUUUAUUUGUACAAUAUAGCAAUAUGUAUAUAAUUUAUUUACAGUGAUACAAAUAUUUCUUUAUGUAAAAUCAUGUUAUUCAACAGCUUUUAUUUCACUUGAUUUAUAGAGUAAUAUCUAUAGUGGACAUAAAAAAUACUAUGUGUGCUCUCAAUAUAUUAAUUAAUAAAUGAUUUAAACAAAAAAAUUUCAAACAAAUUGUUUACUGCCCGCAAGAAGGCCAUUGAGAAUAGCUUGUUUGUUCUUCUUGUGGAUAGUCAAUAAAAUACUUCUACUUACACCAAUAUCAGUACUAACAUCAGCUAACAGAAAAUCAUGUUCCAUUUGUGCAUAGAUAUAUAGAUUUUUUUUAAUUCUUUUUCUCAUGCUUUUCAGUUUAUGUGACUUCCUUCAAGUUUUACGAUCUGAAAAAUCCAUGUAUUGUGUGAUUUAAAAAUAAAAAUAAAAUAAAAGAGAUGAUAUUU